AUGGCAAACAACAACACCACCACCAACGAUUCUCUAACAACCUUCAUCGCUCACCUCCCCAAAGCCGAGCUCCACGUCCACCUCGAAGGCUGCCUAACACCACAACUCGCGCAAACCCUUGCCCAGCGCAACAACGUCCCCGUUCCCAACAGCGUCAAACAAGCCUCCACCACCUCGUCUUCCGGCUUCGCCUUCCACGAUCUCUCCUCCUUCCUCGCCGUCUAUUACCCAGCCAUGACCGUGCUGCAAACAGCCGCGGACUUCCACGACCUGGCCAUGGAUUACCUCACCAAAGCGCACGAGCAAAACGUGCUACAUUGUGAAUUGUUCUUCGACCCGCAAGCUCAUACGAGUCGAGGGGUGCCGUUUCCAACAGUUGUGAGUGGAUAUCGUUCCGCCGUCCUCCAGGCUCAGCGAGAACUCGGUGUCAGCACAAGUCUGAUCAUGUGUUUUCUGCGUGAUAUGUCCGCAGAAUUUGCGAUGGCAACAUUGAUGGAUGCGCUACCGUUCAAAGAUUGCAUCAUUGGUGUGGGACUCGAUAGCGACGAGCGAGGGAAUCCACCAAGGAAGUUUGCGGAGGUGUUCGAGCGAGCUCGGAAGGAGGGGUUCAUGCGAACGAUGCAUUGCGACGUUGAUCAGGUGGGGAGUAUUGAGCAUAUUCGGCAGGCGCUAGAAGAGAUAGGGGUGGAUCGUUUAGAUCAUGGGACGAAUAUUGUCGAGGAUGCCAGGCUUGUGGACAUGGUACGAGAGAAGAGGAUCGGUUUGACCUGUUGUCCAAUCAGCAACUCGGUAGUUUGCAGCGACUUCAAGGGGAAGGAAAUCAUGCAGCUCUUCCGACAGGGGGCGAGGGUCACGAUCAACAGCGACGAUCCAGCGUACUUUCGAGGGUAUGCGAACGAAAACGUGCUGAGACUUGCAAGAGAAGAGGAAUUAAAAGUCACCAGGAAGGAGCUAGUGGGAUUAAUGAAGAACGCCUUUGAAAUUAGCUGGAUUUCAAGUUGGAGGAGGGAUGCGUUUUUGAAAGUACUUGAUGAAUAUGCUGGACGACACAGGAUUUCUUAG